CCGAGACAGGACUAAUACGCGUUCAGAAUCUUCACUCGUCAGUCUCGAAAUUUUCAUCAGUUACGUUUGUACCGCGGGAGCGUGAAGAUAGACACAGAGAACUCCUCAGUGACACAUACAGUUAUACCGAACGCUUAAACAAAAUGGAUCGUUUUGUUAUAAAACGCGUCUCUGUUCAGUCGUCAAGUACGUGUGCACCUGAUAAAAACACACAGGCCAACGAGCCUGGCUCGAUCAUAAGAGAGGCCGCAUCUACAUCAGCUUCUGAGCCGCUUCCCAAGAAGAAAGUCAAGUCAUGGACAAGGCAGUACAGUGACGAGUUUCUGAAGUAUGGCUUCGUCAAGUGUGAACAGGAAAAGGGAGAACCAAGGCCUCAGUGUGUGAUUUGCAGUGAAGUUCUCGCAAAUGAGAGUUUGAAGCCAUCAGAAUUAAAGAGACAUCUCGAAACCAAGCAUCCUAGUCUGGCUACAAAACCAGUUGACUAUUUCCAGAGAAGAAAGGAACAAAUGAAGAUGUCAGUGAAAGUUCUAAAUACAGCAACCACUCUUAAUGACAAAGCACAAUUAGCAUCAUAUUUAGUUUCAUAUCGCAUUGCAAAAGAGAAAGUACCAUACACAUGUGGUGAGAAACUUAUUCUCCCAUCUUGCGUGGAUAUAGUGAGCACAAUGCUCGAUGGAAAGUCGGCAGACAAGAUCAAAUGUGUCCCAAUCAAUGAUACAACAGUGUCACGGCGGAUAAGUGAUAUCGCAGAAAAUUUGGAACUUAAGCUGGUGUCACACCUACAGACUGCUGGAGAAUUUGCUAUUCAGCUGGACGAAAGUACUGAUAUAUCUAACUGUGCAGUGCUCCUGGUGUACGUCAGAUACGUACAUGAAGAUGACUUUUUGGAAGAUAUGCUUUGCUGCUUAACCUUACCUACUCAUUCAUCAGGAUCUGAGAUAUACAGAGUGCUGAAUGACUGCAUAGUUGGAAAAUACAAGCUGAACUGGGCCAAUUGCAAAGGAAUUACAACCGAUGGAGCAGCAAAUAUGACUGGGAAAAAGAGCGGUGUUGUGACAAAAAUAUCAGAAGCAGCCGGUAAUGAUGUAACUUGGAGACAUUGUUUCAUCCACCGUGAAGCGCUGGCUGCCAAAGGUAUCCCAGACAAUCUCAGAGGUGUUUUGAAUGACGUUGUGAAAGUUAUCAACACAAUCAAAGGAAGUGCACUUAACAGUCGGUUGUUUGAACUCUUGUGCCUGGAGAUGGGAGCUGAUCAUUCACACCUUUUGUACCAUACAGAAGUUCGAUGGCUCUCCCGCGGGAGAAUUCUAACAAGGGUUUAUGAGCUAACAAUGGAAAUUCAUAUUUUUCUUCUCGAGAAAAAAUCCAGUAUGGCAAGCUUGUUUUGCAAUGAUGAGUGGAUUCUAAAACUUUCAUAUCUAUCAGACAUUUUCUCAAAGCUAAAUGAGCUUAAUCUAAAACGGCAAGGGAAAGAAACUGAUGUAUUCCGACACUGUGAGGAAGUAGAAGCAUUUAAGAAGUCAAACCUUUGCUAA